UAUACUGCUACCGCCUACUAGCUAGCCUGGUUAGUUCCAGAUCGGCAUCGAUCGGCAGUUCGACACCCUCGCAUCGAUCCGAUCGGCGGCAUGUACAUAUACAGCACAAAGUAGACGAUGCCGCGGAAUCUAUUCCUCCUCCUCGUUCAGCUCAGGCAGCAGGUUGUCAAGCUCCGCCCCGCCGUCAUGUAUCGCAGGCUCUUCGCUUGGCUGCUCGUCCUCGUCGUCCUCGUCCUCGUCUGUUCUUGCGCUGCCACAGUCUGCUCCUCGCGAACUCUUGAUGCGGGCGGUGAUGCGAGGAAGCUAUGGACCGCCGGCGGCGGCGGCGUUGCGACUGCCGGCAGGGGUUCCCGCGUCGGGAGGAAGGUUUGGAACAGGCGGUCCUUGGGUGACAGGUCGUCGUGGCUGCCGCCGUCGCCGCUGUCGAACAGGGCCACGGCGAUGCCCGCGCCCCCGCCGCCGUGGGUGUGAUGUCGACUUGGUCGCCGCUAAGCUUCCGUUAUUUGGGCACAGUUGCUGUUUACUGCUGUUACUGUCCGUCUCUGUGAGUAGUGUAUAUGUGUGUUAUUGGGAGUUUGCAAUGUUGUUGCACUGUCGCUAUGUAAAGAUUGUUAUUUGUGUUUGUUUUGACACUCUUUGUAUUUGAGAUUAUAUGAAUCAU